UGUGUGUGUGUGUGUGUGUGGUUGUCUCUCUUUCUUUUGUACUGUCUUUGUUUCAGUCCUAUCCUCUCCUUUUCUGGGGAAUAGUGUGUAGAAUUCCUGUUAAUCUUUUUCAAUUCUUUGAUAGAAUUACACAAAGCUAUCUAUAUUUUGUUUGGAAUGAUUUUGGUUUUCUUAAUUACAGGACUGUUCAAAUCACGUAUCUCAUAUUGAUUGAAAUAUGGUGUUGUGCACAUCAGGAUGCAGACACACUCGAUGUCUGCAAGACUUGCAGUGACACCUGUAUUCCACAGGCGACUUAUGAUUUCUCUACUUACUGGUUUUCCUUAUCAAUUUUGCUAUAGAUUUGUUCAUUUCAUUGAUCUUUUGAAGCAACCAACUCUUACUUUUUCAUUAUUCUAUAUAGUUUUUUUUUCAAUUUGAUUUCUAUUUUUGUCUUUGCUAUAUCUUCUUGCCUUGAACUUUUAAAAAAAAUCCAGCAUUUUCAGAGGGGAGCAAAGACUUUAUAGUGUGAGACCCAUUAUUGGACUUCUUGAAGGUAUAUUUACCUCUUCUCAAGUGGACACAUUUAACUAUAGGGACUACUGUGUCAGCAAUGGCCUAGCAAUGCCUACCUAUUUUAAUGCAUUAUACUCUUAUUUGGUUUAAUGCAUUUAAAUGAUUUAUUUUUUGUUUGAGACUUUUCUUGUUAUUUUUCUUUUUCCUAGUUUGGUUAUAUUAUAUCUGAAUAAAACAUUGUAUAUCAAUUUAAUUCUUUUAAAUUUUGGAGAAAUUUUUUACAGUCCAAGAUAGGAUCUGUUUUGACAGGGAUUCUGUGACCACAUGGAUAGAGUAUAUAUUCUAUACAGGAAAGAAUGUGCCCAAUAAAGUCUUUUAGUCAACAACAAACCACACACUCAGUGCUGGUUCCUGCAAGAUUGCAUCAUCUAGUGACAUAGUAGGCAUCUUAACCUGUGAUGUUCAUUCACAAAGCUACAAAAUUGCAGAGCAAAGCAUUUCUCAAAACAAAUUCCCAUCAUUAGCAUGACUGGGUUGAUUAGAUUCUGUUCAUUCAUUAUGUUGUUCAGAUACUACAUAGCUGUGGGCUUUUUGUCUAGUUUUUCAAUGGUUGAGAGUUUUGAAGUCUUUGAUUGUGAUUGUGUUGUCUUUUCCUUUUAGCUGUGAAAGUUUUUGCCUUAAAUAUAUUGAAGCUCUGUUGCUACAGAGGCCUUUCACAUUGUUGUGUGAUCUUUGUGGGUUGACUUUUUAAAUCAUAAUGUAAUAUCUUAGUUAGGGUUUCUAUUGCUGGGACAAAACACCAUGACCACAGCACUGUUAUAAAGGAAAACAUUUAAUUGAGGUGGCGGUUUACAGCUUGAGAGGUUUAGUCUAUUAUCAUCAUGGUGGGGAGCAUGGUAGCUGGGAGUGUGGCGGUGUGCUGGCAGACAUGGUGCUGGAGAACUCUACAUCCUGAUCCCAAGGCAACAGGGAGUGAACUCUCUCACUGGGCGUGGCUUGAGCAUAUAUGAGACCUCAAAGCCCCCUCCACAGUCACCCUUCCUCCAACAAGGCCACACCCACUCCAAUAAGGCCACAUCCUAACAGUACCACUCCCUUUGGGGGCGAUUUUCUUUUAAACCACCACAUGUAAUGUCACUGUAGUUUAGAUUUUGUUUGCUCUGAAGUUCUCAUCCUAAUGUAAUCAUGCCUGCCGUGUUUUUGCUUGUGUUGACAUAACACCUUUAUGUAUCUUUUUGUUUUCAACAGGCCUAUAUCAUUGUAUUUUAGGCUGGGUUCCGGUAGGCAGCAUACAAUUGAAUCAUAAUUUUGUUUCACUUUUUCUUUGAGCUGUGAUAUCCCUAUGCUGCCUACAUUGGUGUCUAACUCCGGAGACUGAGUGAUCCUUCUGCCUCUGUCACUGGAGUACCUAGACCGCAGGUAUGGAAUCCAUCAACUGCAACAUGGACAAUCUGCCAGCAGCUACUUCCCGAAGAAGAGUGACUCCUCCGACCUCAGCAGCUGUCAACUACCAAUACAUCCUCAGUUACAGACGCAGCCCCUUCCCCAGUCUUCUGGAAUUUAGACUGGCUUGAUCGUGUACAAGUCUUGUAUAGAGCCCUCAUGCCUUCCGUGUGCACAGAGGAGUACAUUCCCAGGAGUGAGUAACUGGUAACUGUCGCUUCUCCAUCAUACAAGGACAGAAUUGCCGUCUCAGGGCAGCAACCUUGGGUGAGUAAAGUCGCCAUCGGACGUCUUCAUCCAGCCAGUCUUGGGGAAGUUACUGCGGCCGGCGGCGGCGCCUCUGACACAGCACCGCUUGUCGCUGGAAAGUGAGCAAACAUCUUUUGAGUACAGCUGAGGAGCUUUCGGUCCAUGCAGACUGCCCACCUGAAGAACCCUGGUGUAUAACAUAGAGCUUAUGGCAGGAGCAGCCCAGGUCUGCGGUCAGGCAGUCCCCCUGCUCUUACCCCGAGUUCGUCAGGUGCACAAGCAUAUCACUUCUCCAAAUGCCACAUGCCUUUGUGUGCUUUGCGGCUGCUGAAAUGGUUCUUCUGUUCACUUGCCCACGUGUACAGACACUCUUCAGAGAGAAGAUUUGCUUUGUUCGUCUCUCAGCCGUGGCCGCAGACCCUGCCCCUGGCCUCUUCCAGACCACUUCUUCUCUUCGUCUGUCCUUCUUUGCUGCUCAAUUUCUGCUUCACUCUCGUUCUCUUCAGCACGGGAACUGUCCUGGAGGAGCCUUAGUGACUUGUUUUUUUUUUUUUAAACUUUCUUUUUUUUAUUUAUUCUUUGUGUCUUUCACUUCGUGCAUCCUGACCCCACCUCUCCUGUCCCCUUGCAUUCACCCUCUGCUCCUGCAACCUCUCCCCAAAAUCAAAACAGAAUAAAAUUUAAGAUUAAAAAAGGUGAAAAAAAGAAAAAAGAAAAGGGAAAAAUCUCGUCAUCGAAGCUGCAGUAUGACACAGUGAGUCACAAAAGGAAUCAGAAGCAGCACACGCGAUAACGAGGGGAAGUGAAGAACAUCGCCUUGUCAACGUUUGAGGUCUAGCUGGAGGAGGUGGGGCUCCCUUGCCUCUAGCCCUUCUCUGUUUCUGUAUCUUCUCUCUGUCUGCCAUAUCAUGAUCAGCUCUUUCUCCACCUGCUUCUACCUCUGAGACAUUCUACCUGAAGCAACAGAACCAAGUGAUCACCGCACUCUGGAGGAUGACAGUACAGUUUUGAAGAUUAUUGCUCUGGACCUUACUUCUGAUACAGACCUAAACAAAGAAAGUGCUGUUGACUUUGCCCCAUCUACUGCGAGAAUGAAGACCUUUCUCAGCAAUCAGGCUGUCGACAUUCCAGAAAACGUGGACAUCACUCUGAAGGGGUGCAAGGUCAUUGUGAAGGGCCACAGAGGAACCCUCCAGAGGGACUCCAAUCACAGCAAUGUAGAGCUGAGUCUCCUCGGGAAGAAGAGGUUCCGGGUUGAUAAAUGGUGGGGUAACAGAAAGGAACUGGCCACUGUCCGCACCAUCUGCAGUCACGUUCAGAACAUGAUCAAGGGUGUUACACUGGGCUUCCGCUACAAGAUGAGGUCUGUGUGCACUCACUUCCUCAUCAACGUCGUUAUUCAGGAGAAUGGGUCUUUGCUUGAAAUCCGAAAUUUCUUGGGUGAAAAAUACAUCCGCAGGGUUCGGAUGCGGACAGGCAUUUCUUGUUCUGUCUCUCAAGCCCAGAAGGAUGAAUUAAUCCUUGAAGAGAAUAUUGAACUUGUUUCAAAUUCAGCGGCUCUGAUUCAGCAAGCCACAACAGUUAAAAACAAGGAUAUCAGAAAGUUUUUGGAUGGCAUCUUUGUGUCUGGAAAGGGAACAGUGGCGCGGGCUGAUGAGUAAGACCUAAGUUACCCGGCUCCAGAAACAGGAUUCUGCAUUUAAGUACAAUUUGGGGUGUCUGUGGGGACAAUAAAAGACUCUUAUUUUAAAAAGAAAGAAAGAAAGAAAGUGCUGUUGAUUCUAUAGAUUUGCCUCCUUUAAUAAUCCCACUAAGUUCUCGUAGGAUUUCCAAAAGAUUGUUUUACUGCACUUACUAACAUCUUCUUGGGCUUACUAUGUUGCAUCCUCUACUAUUUUAGGAACACAGUGAUUCUAGAGUUACUCUAACUUUAUUAAGUAGUUAGGGAAAUUUCUCAUGAUAAUAGUCAUGGGGGUAAUUAUAAUUACCCCUGAAAAAAACACUUGCCACUUUAUUGUGAGGAGUACAGUUAGCUGACAGCUUUAGCUCCAAGUGCCUUUAGAAUCUUCUCAACUUUUGAACUGAGGCCAUUGUGUUCCUAGGAGGCCACAGCCAAUGACUUAGCAUAUCUGCUGACUCUAGGGCCUGGUCAUUUUUGUUUAACUUCCCUAUUGAGCAUUAUUGAGUAAGUGAAUCUGCCAGGUCUGCAUGUCAUGUCUACCUGUCCUGUCUUCUGUCCAAUCUUGCCUCUUCCUGUCCUUUUUGGUGUUAUCCCUCAAUAAAUCUUUGCAUCUGCUAAGUGAGAGAACUACCUAUUGGUCAAAAUUGUGAAUGGCAUGCAAAAGGUCCGUGUGAAUUGUCAAUAAGACCCAUUUUUAAUAGACAUAAGUCUACUGAAAUACAAAGGUAAAUUCUCACUGAUUAUUAUGAAAUCAUGUCCCCACAUAGAAGGUCUAGGGGUUUAUGAACCAAUGAACCAAUUCCUGACAUUUUCUAUGUAUUUUAAUUCUACUUAUACAUUUAUAUGAGUGUGUGUGAAUUUAUGUAUGUAUUUGUUUGUUUGGUGUAUGUGUGUAUGUAGAGCACACGUGUCACAGCACACAGGUUAGAGGACAACUUUCAGGAGUCAAUUCUCACUUCCUGCCAUGUGAGUCCAAGGGAUAGAGCUCAGGUCAGGAAUGGGCAGCAAGCAUUUUUAUGCACUGAGUCACCUUGUCCACUGGCCCUAAUUCAUAUCUUAGCUGAGUCAUGCUACUCUCUCCAUUCUCUGAGUAAAGGAAAUAACUGUUUCUCACAUUGAAUAAUGUACUUUAACAUUUUGAUAAGCAAGAGGUGGAACAGUUAGGGUUUUAUUAUUUAAAAAAUAAUAAAAUAUGGAUCCUGCCACUUACUGCUAGGUGACCUUGAGCCAGUUAUUAACCCCCUCCUGUUAUGUGCACAGGAUGCACAACAUUCAUCACUCAUGUUUGUUUGACAUGCCAGGACAGUGGCCAGCAAACAGGAAGCCUCAAAUGCUCCACUGUUACUAUCUCUGUCUCAAGUGGAGUUUCUUGAGGUCUACCAUACACCUGCUUUCUUGUGUCUGGACUAGGGCUACUUCUUUAUUCUGCUGCUUCAUUAAGGUGAGGAAAGAAUGAGUCAAGUUGGAGUAGCUGAUUGAGGGACUCUUCAGAGGAGAGGCCUUCAUAAAGGAAGAGGUGAUGCCUUGCCUGAGAAUGCUAGCACAGCACUGUGCUUCUCUUUGGCUAACAACUCAAAAGGGACAAAAAAUAGUUCAACAUGGUUUCAUGUACAUUGACAUUUUCGCAGCUGAUCAAACCAAUUAUAUUUAUAUAUAAUUUACAUAGAUACUCAUCUUAAUGACUAUGUCUACUACUGUCUUGUGCAAAAUAGUAAUGAACUUCUAAAAGCUGAUUCUGUGUUUCUUAACUAGUUUAUCCCAAGAUAAAGAAUAGCUCUGGUCAGAUAGUACAGUGCAUCCAAGGAGUGAGCACAGUGGUCUUCCAGAGACUCGGCUACCAAGUAUAGUGUAGGACAUGGAACAGCUUUUACUAAAACAAAUAAAAUGAGAUCAUAGAGUAUAGGAGUCAAGUCCACAUGCUGUAAGAAUAUGAGGCUUUGAUAAAGUGUUUACAUAUGUCCUACCUUUACAGUAAUACUGUGGGUUUAAUUAUUCUGAGGGAAAAUCUUUGUUUUUAUUCCAACUUUUUUGUUAUAAAUAAAAAUUUUAAAUGUGUUUUAUAAUAGAACAAUCAUGUUUGUUUAAGUGGAACAUCUUACGAGAAGCUUAAGGAAAAUGAUAGCUGCUUAGAGAACUUUGGGGCACCAGCAGACUCCUCUGUGAUGUAUUUACAUCCUGAAAGUAAUGUAUAUUGUUUCCCAUCCUAUUUUUAAAUAGUAUGAUGUAGAGAUAGUGUACUAGCAUACCACAUUUUCUAAUUGAAUCGUAACUACACCUUUUAUAUGUUUUUCUGAGAGACUGUCAAAACUGUAUCAAAAUAAGAGGAAAAUAAUGAUUUUCCCAUUGUACCAGUUCCCCUAA